GCGAACAGCGGCGCAACAGGCGGGGUACCAUCUCAAAGCGAGGCGCGGUCUUUGUGCUAGCUAGCGGAAGCGGACCCAUGGACCCAGACCACAGGUGAUCGCGACCAAACAUCCAAGGCUCCGGGCCUGCAGCUUGACAUCAUAUUCCAGGCAGCAUGUGUGCAAGAGAUUGACGGACAAGCAGCUUCAACCCAGCAACUGCAUCUUACCCAAAAACAGCCCAGAUAUAAAAAUGAACGCUGUCGACAGUUCGGUACUGGUCCUGCUGCUGGGUUUAUGCCUUUCUGCGGCCCUGUCCAGCUCUCCUCGUGCAACGGCCGGCCUCCUGGAGCUUCCUCUCAGGUACGCUGAGAAGCUGCAUGCAGCAACAGCAGCAGCAGCGGCAGCAACAGCAGCAACAGUAGCGUGUCUUUGGCUGACCUAUUUAGUCGCUCGGCAAUGUUUAAUACCGAGGGCCUGUCAACCAAACGGAAAAUGUUGGACCCAGCUUACAGAAGAAACAGUGUGGGAUAAAGACUUAGCCAUGGCACCAGUCAUAAUCCACCCUUCAAAAGAGCCAGAUGGAGAGGGUGCCAACCGAAGACAACCUCAAGCAUUGUGAAGGCUGAACGGACCUCGAGCUGACGGCGCGGCGGAAGCUACGAGACUGAGGCCACGCAAGGCGGCAGACGAAAAGGAACCUUGAACGUGGUACAGAUGCUGGAAUCUUUGAGUUGAUUGGAACAAAUAGAAAGCAGAAAAAGAAGACAGAUAAAGGAAGAGCGGGAGAGUGAAGAGAAGGAAGAAGAAAGCGGAGAGUGAAGAAAGCAUAACGUUUUUUUUUGAAUAGAGGAGAGAAAGAAAGAGACGGGGACGAUGGGGAGGAAAAAGAUUCAGAUCACGCGGAUUAUGGAUGAACGCAACAGACAGGUGACAUUCACAAAGCGAAAGUUUGGCCUGAUGAAGAAGGCGUACGAGCUGAGCGUGCUGUGCGACUGUGAGAUUGCCCUGAUCAUCUUCAACAGCACCAACAAGCUGUUCCAGUACGCCAGCACAGACAUGGACAAGGUCCUGCUUAAAUACACCGAGUACAACGAGCCCCACGAGAGCAGGACCAACUCUGAUAUUGUGGAGACAUUGAGAAAGAAGGGCCUAAAUGGCUGUGACAGCCCGGACCCCGAUGCAGACGACUCGGUCGGCCACAGCCCCGAGUCCGAGGACAAGUACAGGAAAAUAAAUGAGGACAUUGAUCUGAUGAUCAGCAGACAGAGACUGUGUCAGGCCGUGCCCCCGUCAAACUACGACAUGCCCGUGUCCAUUCCCAUUAGCAACCAGAACAAUCUCAUUUACAGCCAUCAGGGUGGAUCCCUUGGCAACCACAACCUGUUGCCCCUGGCACACCACGGCCUACAGAGAAACAGCAUGUCUCCUGGAGUUACACACAGACCCCCCAGUGCAGGUGGCCUCAUGGGUGCUGACCUCACCACUGGCGCAGGCACCAGUGCUGGAAACGGAUAUGGGAACCACCGCAACUCGCCCGGUCUGCUGGUCUCUCCCGGUGGCAUGAACAAGAACAUGCAGGCGAAGUCUCCCCCACCGAUGAACUUAGGCAUGAACAAUCGCAAACCCGACCUACGUGUGCUCAUCCCUCCCGGCGCCAAGAACAACAUGCCCUCCAUUAACCAGAGAAUAAACAACUCCCAGUCGGCUCAGUCGCUGGCCACCCCAGUGGUAUCAGUAGCAACUCCCACUCUACCAGGACAAGGCAUGGGUGGUUACCCAUCUGCCAUCUCUACUUCUUAUGGUACCGAGUAUUCCCUGAAUAGCGCAGAUCUGUCCUCCCUGUCCGGCUUCAACAGUGGCAGCUCCCUUCACCUUGGCUCAAUGAGUGGGUGGCAACAGCAACACCUUCAGAACAUGCAGCAUUCAGCCCUCGGCCAGCUCGGAAAUUGCUCUAGCUCUCACUUAUGUCAGGGUUCAAAUCUCUCCCUGCCCACUGCUCAAAGCCUGCACAUCAAGUCCGAACCUGUUUCUCCUCCUAGAGAUCGCACCAGCAGCACAGGGGGCUACGGUGGCGGGGUACAGCAACCGCAGAACACCUCGUCCCGCCAGGACUCGGGACGCUCCCCUGUUGAUAGCCUGAGCAGCUGUAGCAGCUCCCAUGAGGGCAGCGACCGUGAUGAGCACAGGAAUGAGUUCCACUCCCCUCUGGGACUGGCCCGGCCCACCCUGGAUGAGCGCGAGAGCCCCUCCAUCAAACGGGUGCGCCUGUCAGAAGGAUGGGCAACAUGAUCGCUCUGUCCUCUCCCCCACAGUGCCCCGAGUCACCCUGAGCCCCCCGACAACACAACACAUCGUUACAGUGCCCCCAAGUCAGCUCCCUCCUCUUCCUCCUCUCGCUCACCACCCAACCACAUGGCCCCUCUCCUUUUUUCUCUUCAACGCCGAAGGAAAGAAAAGGGACAACCCUUUUCGAAAAAUAUGUUUGUAAUUUCUUUUCCUUUUUUCUUUUCCUUUUGCUGAGUGGGUGUGUGCGUGUGUGUGUGUGUGUGUGUGUGCUAUACAUAUUGACAUUAUAUAAACCAGUGGGGUGUUGUAAUGGGGGUUUGGUCGAUUGGGAUGGGAUCAGAGGGUAUUUUUGUUGGGGAACUAUGCAUAAAUUGUAUUGUCUGUGGAUAAAAAGAAUCACGUAUGCAUAUAUCUUUACACGUGUGUAUGUGUACAUAUAUGCAUAUCAACAAAUAAACAAAAAAAUAGUCAGGUACUCUGUUUCAUAAAACUUAAAAUUUGCCUCAGCGAUAUAACAGUGACUAGAAACAAAAAAAAAAAGCACAAAAAAAUAAACCCAUUAACAUGAGUGUGUCCAGUGGAAAACACCUUAGCACUUGAGUUGGACAAACAAUACAUGUGUACAGUGUCAGUUUCAUUGCUAUAUACCUUCUCUGCAGUUCUCCCUUGCAAAAAUGUGUGUUAACAUUAGAUGAUGUCAUGUUGCAGGUUCAACGUAUUUAUGUAAAUAUAGAGGGUCAAGGGGGGAAGGGCAUGGGGUCAAGUUGCCAGACAUUACAUGGUUCAUUUACUCACGAAAUGAGACGCUUUUAUGCAACAUUUGAAGGAUUGUACAGGUAAAACAGACAAAUCGGAUGCUAAACGCGUGGGACCUUCGGUGACUGUAGCGCUCCCCUUAAAGAACGGAGCCGCGCGAGGACCACCCUUUGAUCGAAGAGCUACGUUAGUGUAAUCAAGGAAAAAACUCUCAAUCUAGUAUUAACUAUUCAGUAUUAAUAAACAAAACAAAAAAAGGAAAAAUAAAAAACAAUUGUACGAUACACUUGCUUAUAUUUUCAUAUGAAAGGAAUACAAUGCAAAGCAUUUUUGUGGCUUUUUGUAGUUUCUAUAAGCCAGAAUGUGUUUUUUGAUAGCUUUGCUAAUAAGAGAUGGAUAGUUCGCCCAGAGGGGGAAUGACAGGGCGCCGAAGCCCUAAGCCAUGAAAAAAGACAAAAAAAACAGACUGAGAUCCAAUGCUUUGCUGAACUGUUUUAUCUUUGUAGAGGUUUGUUUUUAAACGUGUAUUUCUAAUUAUAUAUAAUAAUGGUAAUAUUAAGAAUCUUUAAAAAAAAAAAUCUGUGAAAUUAACAUGCUUGUGUAUAGCUUUCUAAUAUAUAAAUAUAUAUAAUAAUGAUUUUUUUUCCGUUGGUUUCUUAGUGGAGUUUCUAUGUGCGGUUGCACAUGUUGUCUGGUUUGUUUAAUUUGAGCCCUGAGCAGUGCUGUUUCGGGGGCGUACUUAGAGUCGAACCUUUAAAACCAGCCGGAGAGCGUCGCCACAGUGUGUGUGCGGACGACGGACAGACAGACAGGCCUGAAUGCUGAAAUAACAACCCGUUAGUGGAAAAUGUCACGAGACUGGAACUGGGGGACGGCAGAAAUGAACACUGACACAUGAUGUGCAUGAUUGUCACGCUGAUGAGGAAAUAUGACCGACCCCUCAGUCCAAACCUGGAGGAAUUUUUUACGCAUCUGCUAUUUCAUUCUUUACCUUAAUUACCUAAUUCGAUAUGGCUAAUCUCAUAAAACGAUGCUCCUGACAUUAUCUAUUCUCUGCUCCACCUCGGCUCUCCAACACCGUCUUUGCACGCGACGUUGCACGAGCUCAGAAUCAAUCUCUGCAAUUUUGUAAUUUGUGUAAUAUCAUUUUUUGAAAGCGCAUCGUGAUUAAUUAUCCCCCAACCAUUUCCGAAAGCUAAUUUGAGUCUGUGUUUCUGUCCUGCGACUCCUCUCGUUCCACUCUUCAGAACAGGGGUUCCACAUCAUGCACCGCGUGUCGCUGGCAGCUCAGCUUCAGACACACAAGGAGAAAAUUGGUCACGCUGGUAUGGGAGAAGCACAAUUGUUUAUUUAAGAUAAAUAGCUGUUUGGAUUUUCUCUUAUUUUUAAACAACGAAAACUAGCCACAUAUCUCUCCUCCUCCCACUCCCGUAUCUGCUGUCACUUAAGUGUUAUGAUAUUUCUAUGUGCAUAAUUCAUGCAGGUUCACUUUGUUGUUCCUGUAUACAGUCUGUGUAGUCAAACAGGGGCAGAGCCUCUAUAACAGUGUUCUCUCUCUCUAUCUCUCUCUCUCGUUUUUUUAUUCAAUACAAAAAGGCUGAGAAAAAAAUAAAUAUAUAUACAUGAUGUUUCAGGCAGCAUAAGUGUGGAGAAACCAAAGCCAGUGGCAUUUAUUUUUUUUGUGUUGUAAACUCGACUUUUAUUUUCACAUUCAUUUAUGGUUUUUGCAAGCAUUGAAACAACACAAUAAAAAGAAUUUGCUCAAAUAUACAAUUGUUUUCACAUUUCAAUUUCAGUCAAACGUAGCUUUAGCUAUCAGGCUGCACUGUCUCGACCGACCGCAGUAUUUGAACCUGUUUUGUUUUGUGUCUCCCUGUGCACAUUGCGUUGAAAAGGUCACAAAGCAAAGAAGCAACAAAAGCGUAUUUUGUAUUUACAAUUUCUGAUUCAACGGAAUCGUCCAGGCCUGAUCGUGUGUGUGAAAAGCAUGCUUGUUGCCCACUUGAUCAAAGCACAUUUAAACACGUAUUAUCAUUACUACUUGCUGAUUGUUGCUGAUAUAAUGCCAACAUGUCGUGGUUAAUUGGAGUGCUGGAGUUGUGACAACAACUCUAACCAAAAGACAUGGAGAGUUCUUGUCUUUAUAUUUAUAUGUAAGGUUUUCUUUUUUCUUUCUUUCUUUCUUUUGUUUUGUGUUUGUGAAAUUGGAAGCCAUUCUUUUUCAUCAUCUGUUGAUCAGUUCUUCUUUGUCCCUAUUAUUAUUAUUAUUAUUAUUAUUAUUAUUAUUAUUAUUAUGCGAGACUAAAUGUUGGUACCUCAAAACUGACCCCAGCAGUACCUCAGCUGAUGUUCUGAUGAGUCACUUGCAGUGCAAAGGGGGGGGGGAGACCAUACACCUGUACAGUCAUGUGUAGUAACAUACCAUUGCUUCAGGUCCCAAUAUUCACUUGGGAUUCUUUGUUGCUCCAUCGUGUUUGUGGUUUAUUUAAGUUGUAUUCAAAAGCUGAAAAGGAGUUUGAAAAAAAAGAAAAAACGAGUAAUAUGUUAAAAUGCUUAAAAAAAAAAGUCCGUCUGUAGUAUCAAUGUAGCUUGUAUAAACCUGAAAACGGGGAAGUUUGGAACUAAUGUUUUCUGGAACGCAAGAGCGGCUUUCAGCGGCAAAAGCUGGCCUUUGUCGUCACGUGUAAGAGACUAAGAUGGUAUUAAAUUAAAUCCACAUCUCUGUAACUCAAGGGACUUGAUUCAGCUGUAUGUAGUGAAAAGGUAUGGGGAUGGGGGGGAAAAGAAGUCUCCUCUGCUGGAGGGAAAGGCUAUUUGUAUUUUGCAGAGAUUUCAGUAAAGUUACUGGCUUUCUUAGUUA